GCCGUGAGUUCCAGCCAAAUUGCUUUUUGCCCGUCCUUUGUCGCUGCGACGUCUUUCAUCCACGUGCACAAUUUCCGGAACCGCAUCGUCCGCCUUUUCGAUUCGAAUGGUUUGCUCAAACGCUGCAUUGGCCGAUAUACUCUCCUUGAAUUAGAGCUCCAACAGCAUCAGUGGUGCCUCGUCAGAUGGACCGUCUUCCGUCAAAACUGCCUUUCUCCAAGCGCACAUUGAGGCCGCGCGUGGUGAUCUCAUACAUCUUCGAUUAUGUUAUUCUCGUCGCCUGCGUCGUGGGCUUCUACAUCCUCGACCGAAUCGAACCGUACCAUCAACACUUCUCGCUAAACAAUAUCUCCCUCCAAUAUCCCUAUGCCGUACACGAACGCAUAUCUAUCUUCGCCGCAGUCGCCUGCUCGGGCGGCGGCCCGCUCGUCAUAAUCGCCAUUUACACCCUCUUCAUUGACGGACUAUUCUCGCACAACAAGCCGAUCCACCAGUCGACGGGAAAGAGGAAGUUUACUGGCCCAUACCGGUGGAAGGAUAGGCUAUGGGAGUUCAACUGUGGAUUUCUCGGGCUUGUGCUGUCGCAGGCUAUUUGCUUUGUGAUUACGCAGGCGCUGAAGAAUGCGUGCGGCAAGCCAAGGCCGGAUAUUAUCGAUCGGUGCCAACCGCGAGAGGGGAGUAUGGAUGGGUCGCCGUAUGGGUUGUCGAAUUCGAGCAUCUGUACGGGAGAUCCGCAUUUGUUGAAGGAUGGGUUUCGGUCGUGGCCUUCUGGUCAUAGCAGCUCCUCCUUUGCGGGUCUAUUCUACCUAUCGCUCUGGGUUGGAGGCAAGCUACAUAUCAUGGACAACAAGGGCGAGGUCUGGAAGCUGUUCCUCGUUAUGCUUCCAUGCCUGGGCGCAACACUCAUUGCCGUCUCUCGCAUCAUGGACGCCCGCCACCACCCCUUCGACGUGAUCACCGGCUCCCUUCUAGGCAUAAUCUGCGCCUCCCUCUCCUACCGCCAGUACUUCCCAUCGCUCGCCGAACCCUGGAAGAAGGGCCGCGCCCACCCAAUCCGAUCAUGGGGAACAACGCCCACAUACCCAGACGCAGUGCGCUACGAAGGAGCCGGUGAAAGCACCGAUGCACUCCGGAACCCGGCGCAGGAGCGCUUGCACCGACCGGACCCGUCCGACAACACGGAAGCGGGAUUCACGUCAACUUACCCGCCGCCGCAUCCCUACGUCACGAAUGUGUAUCCCCGACGAGCACAUGGCGAUACGUACUCGUCGUCGAGUGAAGAGGAUGUAGCGAAUGGGUACGAGAUGCAGGAGGGCUACGCACGAACGAACAACCCAGGAGUAAGCGGCCACCUUCCUACGUAUGAGCCGGGAAUGGCGUAUCAAUCGCGAACCCAGGCGACGACCCCGGAGCCGGGUCCGAUACACCCGGAGUCUCUCACAAUCGCUCCUGGCGGACGGCCGCAUGAGGGCGGGCCUAUCUAA